CGUGACAACUCUCCAGCCUGUGUAGCCGUCGCGUCUCCUUCGGCCAAAUCUGAUUCUCCAGCUCCUCAAACCCCAACCCUCGACUCAGCAGAUCAAUGCGGUGCUGAGGUUUUACCCUGUGCUGAUGUUGCAGCUAGAGGUUCCGGCGUUGCAGAUGGUCUCUCCUUUUUCUAUGAUGAAAGCGAAGCGGCACAAUGUGAAGAUGAACAAGAAGAUGGUGAGAACGCUCCAGAUAGCGCAUUCGUGCUAAACCUAGCGGGUAAAACAGUUCGAUUCGCUAAAGGGAUGGCAUCUCCUGCUAUUGACACCCCUCCUUCAAAUAGUCGUCAUAUGUGUAUGGUGGAGAUGUUGGCACAGCGAUGGAAAAUGUUCCAGGAAGGAAACGUUCCGAAAAUCUAUCAACCUCGGAUUGCUUCAUCCUGA